AUGGAGAAUACGCUCAUACAAUUCUUCUGGAAGGGUUUCGAAACCGCAAUCAACAUCCGACGCAGACUAUCGAUUUUUGCGUCGCAGGAGCAUUUGCAAAGUGGUGCGUCAGACGGCGUUUCGCUCUACGGCGAUAACAUCGACCUCAUGCAUCAACACCGCGUGGCCGUAGAUUGUGGAACCAUGAACGACCUGGAGUUGUCACCUACUGCAUCACAGUCACUCGUCAAUGUACCACUCUUACACAAGCAAGAAGAGCAAGCGCUUCCCAAUGUGGUCGACAUGGCACCACCUAGCAUUCCUAGAGAAGAUCCUAAGAUUGUGGUGACAAUGGAUGACCAAGCUCGUACCCGGUUCGGUCUUCUCAUCACCGAGAGAUUGGUCGAAAAUUGUAGCAAAAUCGCACAGAAAUCCUCGGAACUGGAGAGGUACGACGGAAAAUUACGCAAGAUGGAUGAGAAAGUGCAUAAAUUGGAAAAUAUGGUCAGAAAAGCAAAGCCAUUCCAUGAAGACGACGAAGGAGAUGAUGCAUUGGCCAAAGAGGAGUCUCAGAUGUUGCAGAACAUGCUAAGCGACCUCAAAGAAAAGCAAGAGGAUCUGAAACUUGAAAAAAGCGACGUGGAAGGCAAUAUCAAAUUCAUACAGAGACAGGUUCUCCGGGCAAUUGGAGACGCACUUGAUGAGGCAGACAUACUCAAGAAGUCCCUACCACCAGUGAAUGAUUCGAGCGAAAGGUCUGAUGAAGGGAGCGAGAACGGAGAUGGCAGCCUAAUUGCGGACCGAAUGUCAGACAUAGACACAAAGGAACCUGCACUCACCGAUGAGGAGAAGGUGCAGAAUGCUGCCCAAGCGAAUUUCGAAAAUAUGCAAGAGGCGUACUUUGACUGCCAGAACGCCUUCGACAGCAAAGAAUGGCAGCAUCAAGAAGAAUCUGAUCAAUGGGAGCAGGACGUCGCGAACGGGGAGACAGACGAAACGCAAACAAAUUUCGAUCUUCGUAUGCUGACCUUAGACCGCAGGCUGACAAGAGACUUAGCUGACGCUCAACAAGCGUACCUUCUGGCAGGGAAAGCCGUUGGGCACUUCAACGUAUUCCUGGGUUACGAGGACGAUGAUAUCUACGAUAUCACCGCAAAGGAGGAGAUAGACCCGGUGGAUGACUUCAUCCCAUUGAGUGAUGCCAGCGGUUUCCGCAUUUUGGCAUGGAUAGAGUCGGUUGACGAAUCAGAUGAGGCCGACGAUGAACCAAUGGUCGAUGAUUGGGGAUGCCGGACUGUCCAUAUCUGCGACAGUACGAGCCUUGUCGAUGAUGAUCAAUACCGGCGGGAAAUUGACCAGUUGGCCAAAGUCAGUGAGGAAAAGCGGAAAGAAUUUGGUACGGACGUUGAGGAUGUUUGGUCGGAUCAUGAGAGGCCUUCGAAGAGAAGGAGGACCUGUACUUUAUAG